UUCGCUCGGCACGCUUAGGGCUCGGUGGCUCGCUCCGCUCCGCUCGCCACCUGAUUACUAAAGGUAAUAGUUGGUGGCGUGGAUAGUAGAGGAACUAUCCCGCUGGCGUAGCUCCUCCCCCUUGUGUUGUGACUCCUCCCCCAGACGGAAAAGGUCCCUUAGCCCACUUGAUUCUAGCAUCUACCGUCACCCCGGGCCGUAGGUCCGUUUGAUAGAGAGAGCGCAUGCGCAGUGUACGCUAGGCGGAAAGCUAUUCUGUUUCCGUUCUAGUGCUUGGGCGAGUAUCUCUGCCUUCUGUUCACAGCUUAUACCGCGUUCUGAGGGAAGGGGGUAACAUCGACGUUUCCGCUCGUCAUUGUUUAGCGUAAUACAGCGGCGGCGCAUCCGGGCCAGACUGUCUCCAAAAUGAAGGACACCAUGAAAAUUUUCAUCGGUAAUGUGGAUGACCGAACCACGCAGGAGGAGCUGAGCGAGCUGUUCGAGAAGUACGGGCAGGUGGUGAGCUGCGCGGUCAUGAAGCAGUACGCCUUCGUCCACAUGCGCGGCGUGGACCGGGCCAUGACGGCGAUCGACGGCCUGAACGGCUAUGACCUGAACGGCAAGAAGAUGGUGGUGGAGCUGUCCAAGCCCCGGCCUCAGAACACUUGGAAGAUCUUUAUCGGCAAUGUCGGCACCGGCUGCGACGUCAACGAAAUCCGCGCCAUGUUCGAGGUGUACGGGCGGGUGGUGGAGUGCGAUGUGGUGAAAGAUUAUGCGUUCGUUCAUAUGGAGAGAGAAAGUGAAGCUAGGGAAGCUAUCGAGAAUCUGGAUGGCAAAGAGAUAAGAGGCAAACGGAUUAACGUGGAGAUGUCUAAUAAAGCUACGAAGCCUCAAAACUCUAAUGGUGGCUCCCAUGGCAGCCGCCCUCGUAGGUCUCUAGAAUAUAGAGAUACGCCACAGAGCCGCGCUGAGGCAUAUGACCGCAGGAGAGCAGCUGAAGCAGCCUAUGCAUCCUUUGCACUAAAAUCACAAUACGAGCGCUAUGCCGGAGACUCUGCGCGAUAUGCCUAUGAAAGCAGAGAACGUCCACCUUCCCCGCUAUACUACCGUGACAGAAGUCCAGUGCGUAGGCCACCUGCAAGUGCAUACUAUGAUGCACUGGCAUCAAGAUACCGUUCUCCGGCAUCAGGGUACGGUUCCUUUUCAUCUAACUUUGAGAGCCAGCCAACUUCUUCAUCAUUGUCUUCUGCAUAUGGAAGCCGAGCAGCUGCACUUCCAUCUGGUUAUGGAAAUCAGACAGGAUACGAGAGCCAAUCUUCUGCAUAUGGCACAGAACCCCCAUCUUCCUAUGGCUCCCAAAGUUCUGCAGGCUAUGGGACACAGGGAUCAGCUAUGUCUGCCACAUAUGGGUCCCAAGUGUCGUCAGUCGCGCCGUCCUACGCUUCUCAGACCACAUCCAGUGCUUAUCCAUCACAGACUGCCUCUAACACCUUUGCGUCGACAACUGCGCUAGCUGGUGCAUAUCGUCCGCAGCAGCAGAGUUCUGGCUAUGAGGCUUCCCCAGUAGCAGGCCUUGGACCACAGUCUGCUUACUCAUCUCUGCCUGCACAAACAGAAGCGCCGAUAUACGAGCGCGCUCGUCUGUCACCGCCGCCAAGCUCUGCUGUAGAUACCUACAAUAAAGUGGAAGAGGAAUAUAAAAGGCUUGCUUCUGACCGCCGUUUCUCUGAAUUGUCUGAUUAUCGCCGUUUAACACAAGAGUCGCAGGAUCCCUUACGCCGAUCGCCGCCUAUAUCUCAGCUGGACUACCGCCGCACGUCUGAAAUGCAAUCCGAUUAUUCUCCGUAUACUUCUUACAAUGAGUAUCUGAGAGCAGCACAAAUAUCUGGCUAUAUGCGCCGUUUGUAAUAGUGUUCCUUGGUGAUUAGAAAUGAUGUAUGUAGGUUGAUAUAUCCACUUUCUGUUUUAAUUAAUAUGAAAAGGCAGACUUUUAUAGUUUUUUUUUUUUUUUUUACAGUUUUGUUUGAUAGAUCUCUGUUUAUAUGCAUACCUCUUUGCUGGGGGGAAGGGGGGGGCACGCAAAUCAAGCAGAAUUGAUAGACCCUGUAUACAGCUCGGCGUUUGCCAUAAAAAAAAACAGUGUGUUGGUAAGUAAUAAUAUUUUUUUUUCAUAACAUCAGGAAGUAAUUUGUUCUUUAAAACAAAUAAUGCACUAGCUUCCAAAAGUGCAAGUUGGAAUAUAUAUAUCCAUUCACUUGGUCACAUAGGAAAAUGUUCUCACUUGGUCAUCUGAUCAAUUUCAGCUGCAUUCAGCAACUCCGCUCGUACUAUAUGUAGAAUAUAAUUUCCCUCUUGGAGACAAAGGGGUAUAUUCAAUUAAAGUCAGUUCCAUUCCGACAUGCAUUUGUCAGAAUGGAUCCGACAAGACCUAUUCAAUGAUUGGCCGUUCCCGACAAUCUCAAUCUGACUUUAAAAAAAAGUCGUAUUGAGGAGACGGGGUAGAUGAGGAACAUUGCAGCGUCGCAGGAGGAUGGGGCACUGUCACCAGACCUCACGGCAGUGUCCACCCGG